AUGGCGGGCGCGCGCGACGCCAUCCUGAAGGCGCUGGAGGACCUGACAGCCGACGAGCUCAAGAAGUUCAAGCUGAAGCUGCUGUCAGUGCCCCUGCGCGACGGCUACGGGCGCAUCCCGCGGGGGACGCUACUGCCCUUGGACGCCGUGGACCUCACCGACAAGCUCGUCAGCUACUAUCUGGAAGCCUACGGCGCCGAGCUCACAGCGCUCCUGCUCCGCGACAUCGGCAUGCAGGAGACGGCGCGGCAGCUGCAGGAGACCGUGCUCGACGGCCCUGGAGCUGAACCAGCCAGGAUCAAGGCCCUUCCUCAGAUGGCAGCCAAGACGGGACUGCACUUUGUGGACCAGCACCGGGCAGCACUCAUCACACGGGUUACAGACGUCGAUGGGGUACUGGACGCCCUGUAUGGGAAGGUACUGACUGAGGAGCAGUACCAGACAGUGCGGGCAGAGACCACCAAUCCAACGAAGAUGAGGAGGCUCUUCAGCUUUGCUCCCGCCUGGAACCUGACCUGCAAGGACCUGUUCCUUCAGGCCCUGAGGAACACCCAGCCCUACCUGGUUGCCGACCUCGAGCAGAGCUGAGGUGCCUUCCCCAGCAACAGCCCCACAUUCAGCCCCUAGCAGUUCCAGCCAACUCACCCAGAUGCUGAAUUUUUUAUACGCAAUAGAUGAAAAACCAGUUUGUACCUAUGUGUUUAGCCCACUUCCAGCUUGGAAAGCAGGUGCAUGCACAGAGCUGUUUCCAAAGGCUGUGCCAUCUCAGGGAAAGCUCUGGUUUCACUGUUCGUUGAGCAUCAGGCUAACCAAAUGCUUCCUCUGUUCUUCCUGCCUCACAGUCAUCAUGGAACAGUUCCUCUUGGUUUACUAUUUGGUGGCUCCUCCAGUACUACCUCAAAGGGUCUGCCCUUGUGGCCAAGCCUAAAGUUUAACAUGGGAGCUUCCAGAUAGUUGAACACAUGGAGGUUCCUGGAGGGUGGCGACCCCAGGGAGGGCAUGGAAGUUCCGCGCCCCCUUCCCCCUACCUCUCCCUAUUCAUCUUCACCUGUAGCCUUUGUA